AUGUCGGCCAGCCGGUUCCUGUGCCAGCGUUGCAGCCAGCCCCUGAGACAUGACGCGGUCCGGGAGGAGAGGCCCGGCCCGGCCCAGGAGCAGCCCGCGGAGGUCCACGACGGCCGGGGACCGUCCACCCAGACGGCGCUUGCAGAGAACCUACCGGUGGAGGCGUCCCAGAGGUCCAUUUCCGACAGCGACAGCAGUGCCAGGAAAGAUGCCAUCCACUUCAUCCUGCUGGGCGAGAUGUUGUCGCUGAAAACCUUGAGCAGCAUUCAGAAGACCACUGUGGACAUGUCGGACAUCCUUUCCGGAGAGAAGAGCUUGGACCACCCGCUCUGUGCGGAGUGCAUGGACAGCCUUCUGGCCCACGUGGAUGCCCAGCUGGCUGCCGCAGAGCGCGACAGCGAGAGGUACGGGCGUUGCCUGGAGGGCAGGCGGCUGGCCCGGGAGGAGGAGGAGGAGGAGGAGAGGCGCGCCCUGCACGCCGAGCUGCGGGCCCUGCAGCAGGAGGAGGCCGGGCUGGCCCGCGUGCUGGAGGACGUGGACGGGCACGUGGCGACGCUCGAAGCCGAGCUCCGGGCGGUCGAGGCGGAGGCGGAGGAGCUGUGCCAGCAGGAGAGGCGGUACCGGGCGGAAUACUGCGCCCUGAAGUGGCAGCAGCUAGAGCUCGCGGACGAUCUGAGCAGCCUGAAGAACCGGCUGCGGCACACCAAGCGGCAGCUGGAGCGCCUGAGCAAGACCAGCAUCUUCAGUGCCACCUUUGCCAUCUGGGAGAACGGCCCCUUGGGCGUCAUCAAUCACUUCCGACUGGGUCGCCUGCCCGGCGUGCGGGUGGCAUGGGGCGAGAUCAACUCCGCCUGGGGACAGGCGGCCCUGCUGCUCCUCGCCCUGUCCAGGAAGGUCGGGCUGCAGUUCCAGAGGUACCAGCUCGUGCCCAACGGGAGCCGUUCCUACCUCCGGGCUCUGACGGGCGAUCUGGCCGUGCUGCCCUUGUUCUCGGAUGGGAGUCACAAUGUGUUCUUCAACAACAACUUUGACCGGGCCAUGACGGCUUUCCUGGACUGCCUGCAGCAGUUCGCCCAGGAGGCCGGGCAGGGCGAGCCGGGCCUGCGCCUGCCGCACCGGGUCUGCGUGCGCGAGGGCGCGCUGCACGAGGCUGGGGACGCGGGCCGGCUCUGGCCCAUCAGGACCCACCUGAACACCGAGCAGCACUGGACCAGGGCCUUGAAACUCAUGCUGGUCAACUUGAAGUGGAGUCUCAGCUGGGCCUCCACGAGGAACUGUCAAAAUUAG